AUGUUUGACAGUCCCCACAAUUCCCUUCCUUGUGGCUUCCUGAUCAAUGGUGAGGAAACUGUCAUCUUGAGCAGGUCAUCUGCUGUGUAUCAUGUGUUGAGGAAAUCACUGUACACCUCACGAUUUGGGAGCAAACUGGGUCUGCAGUGUAUCGGAAUGCAUGAACAGGGCAUUAUAUUCAACUCAAAUGUGGCAUUCUGGAAGAAAGUCUUUUUAAUAUCUCUAACAGGUCCAGGGCUUCAGAGAACUUUGGAUAUUUGCAUCACUUCCACAAACACACACCUGGAUAAUCUGUCACACCUGAUGGAUGCUCGGGGACAGGUGGAUAUCCUCAACUUACUGCGGUGCAUUGUAGUGGACAUUUCCAACAGACUGUUUCUAGGAGUCCCUCUCAAUGAGCAUGAUCUGCUUCAGAAGUUUCAUAAAUAUUUUGACACCUGGCAGACAGUAUUAAUCAAACCUGAUGUGUACUUCAGACUGGCCUGGUUGCACAGGAAGCACAAGAGAGACGUAUGAGUUCAU